CGGGGUAGAACCGUGGGAGAACCGCCGCCGCCGGCACGACCACCUCUCCCGCCCACAGCCGCACUUCAUCUUCCUCGCGGCUCCGGGUAUGGAGACGGAGGCGCUGGCUCCCCCAUCCAAAACGUGGAGAAUGGAGGCACCUGAGAGGCAAGCAUCGGAGGAAAUCUUGACCCAUGAGCUGCAGCCGGCGGCGGCGGAUGCGCCCCAGUCCGAGCGUACAUCCCGCGGCCAGGAACCGACGCAUGUCUCCAGAGGAGAAGGGGAUGGCGUCGACCGCAUCAGCAGCCUCCCCGACGCCGUCCUCGGCGAGAUCAUCUCCCUCCUCCCCACCAAGGACGCCGUCCGCACCCAAUCCCUCGCCUCCCGCUGGCGCCACCUCUGGCUCUCCGCCCCAUUCAACCUCGACCACACCAGCCUCCCCGCCGACGAGCAAGUCCAAGUCCGCAUCAUCUCCCGGAUCCUCGCUGCUCACCCGGGCCCCGCCCGCCGCUUCUCCGUGCCCCCAUCCCUCGCCCGCCGCCGCCUUGCAACAGUCGACGCCUGGCUCCGAUGCCCGGCGCUCGACAGCCUCCAGGAGCUCGAGGUCGUUGAUGAAGCACCAGGAGGUCGCUAUCUGUGGGGUGAACCGCCACCGCUGCCGGCCGCCACAUUCCGUUUCUCGGCCACCCUCCGUGUGGUCACCUUCUGCAGAUUCGACCUGGCGGGCAUAGCCGAAACGCUUCACUUUCCCCAGCUUAAGCAGCUUGGACUUGAACGUCUAGACAUCUCAGAUACUGCACUAAAUAGUAUCAUUGCCGGCUGCCCUAUCCUUGAGGACUUGCUGAUCGACAACUGCAUCGGCUUCAGUUACAUCCGGAUCAACUCCCCAAGUCUUAGAAGCAUUGCCAUGAGUUGUGUGAAUCUAAUCAUUGAGGAUGCACCUUCGCUUCAAAGGUUACUCAAUCUUGAUGCACAUGGAGCCCUGCUUGUAUCAGUAAUUUCAGCAUCCAAACUGGAGACUUUGGGCUGCCUCAGCGAUCAUUGUCCGGUGUCUAAACUGGUAUUCGGCACCACAGUAAUUCAGAAAUUGCGUGCAGAUUGCUUUACAACAGUGGCGUCAAGUGUCAAGAUUUUAGCGAUCAGUAUAAUUAAUCUUAGCUUGGAUAUGGUUAUUGGCUUAAUGAGAUGCUUUCCCUGCUUAGAGAAGUUGUACAUCAAGUCAUAUGGGGCAAAGGACAAAAACUUGUGGCGCCGUAAGCAUCGCAAUCUUGCAAGAUGCCUUGACAUCCGCCUCAAGACAAUUGUGCUAAAAAAUUACCAAGGCAUGAUGUCACAAGUUAACUUCGCAACGUUCUUUGUAUCAAAUGCCAGGAUGCUAGAGUUCAUGAGAUUUGAGGUCAGAAUCGGCAACGACAACAAAAUGUUUAUUGCAGAGCAGCAUAGAAAGCUUCAACUAGAGAAAAGGGCAUCUAGAAAUGCGCAGUUUUGUUUUACAAGCAGGGAUCGGGUGUCGCCGUACUAAAGAACAUUUUCAUGUCAAGCAUGUUAGUGAUUUGUCUAUAACUGAUCCCUUUGAAUGUAGAUGUUGAAACUGGGUUUCAUAUUUCUUGCACUAUCUCAUUUUGUAAUCUGUCCAAACUUCUUUUGUUCUCUUCUUCUAUCUUGACCUUGGGAAGGCAAUCACUAUGCUCUGAAUUCGUUGUCGGUAUGGAGUGAUAGCCUUACACACGGGAUACAAACAUUUUGCAA